UGACAACCGCCCCCGUCGCAAAUCUGACCCCCGUCGCAUCCCCACAGCGACUGCUCUCGCUUCUGUUUACUGCGGACCUUCACUCGUUAGUCGUCUGCACCUCCGCUCGCUUCCGAUAUACGUGUUGCGCACGACGACGACUGUGACUGUGACUUCACCACCUCUACCGCCUGGCACUCUCGAGCUCCGGCCUCCCCCGUCCUGCGACAAUGGGCUUCGGCGACUUCCAGACGAUAUGCGAAAAGGCGCCGAUACCCCUCUGCGCUGCUGUGGGCCAUCAGGAUAUCAGCAAUGGCGUGGGUAUCCAGACACGCUGCUAUGCCAGGACUAUUGAGAUCGCCAACACGAUCAUCUUCGAGGCGGCUAACGACUUUAUGCACAUCCUGGCCCUGGUCAUGACUGUCGUAAUGAUCAUACACGUACGCUCCAAAUUCACGGCUGUCGGGCGUAAGGAAAUCACAACCUUCUUCUACAUCUACUUCCUCCUCACCAUCAUCUCCCUCGUCCUCGAUGCAGGUGUCACUGCGCCCGGUUCCGCUACCUACCCGUACUUUGCUGCCGCCCAGAAUGGCCUCACGUCUGCCUUGUGUACUUGUCUGUUGAUUAAUGGCUUUGUCGGUUUCCAGCUUUACGAAGAUGGCACUACCCUCUCCGUCUGGCUGCUACGGCUCAGCUCCCUCGCCAUGUUCAUCAUCGGUGGCGCGGUCAAUCUUUUGACUUUUAAAGGCUGGGCCGGACUGAGCCCCAUGAAUCCUAUUGGCAUCUUUAUCGUCACCUACCUCGUCAAUGCCAUCUGUCUAUUCAUUUACACCGUCAGCCAGAUCAUUCUUGUAAUUGGAACUUUGGAGGACCGCUGGCCACUGGGUGACAUCCUGUUUGGCAUCUUCUUCUUCGUCAUUGGCCAGGUGAUUCUCUAUGUCUUCAGCGACACUAUUUGCGAAGGUGUACUGCAUUACAUUGACGGCCUUUUCUUCACCACCAUCUGUAAUCUGUUGGCUGUCAUGAUGGUUUACAAGUACUGGGACUCUAUCACACGCGAAGAUCUCGAAUUCUCCGUCGGUGUCAAGCAGCACAAUUGGGAAAUCAAAGAACCAUACCCAGAAGACGAAAGGCGAGGCACCAUGUACCAGGACUCCGACUAUACCCCGUCACUUUACCAACAACCUCAUGGCCGCAACUCGCAUUACUCUGCUGUAGGCCAUUAAGCCUGUCUAAUGAGCCAUUGUGUUUUUAUCCUCGGACGACGUACAUUUUGCAUUGAUCCCUAUUAUCCUUACGCAUGAAGCGGAGUUUGCGGUGUGUAAUUGCUUCGGCAAAAAGAAAAACUUAUCCACGCUCCUGUUGCAUUGUUGUACAUGCACUAGCGACUAAUUGGCACGGCACAGGAGGACUAGGUUGGAGGACGUCAACAAUGUGCUCUCAACCAGACGGAACACGAUAUGAAUAGUGUACCUACGUAGAUAGUAAUAUGAAUACUCAAGAUACAUAGC